AUGGCGACGACUGGACGAGGAAGCAUCACGGUGCUUCCACCAUCACCACUGGACGAUGAUGAACAACGACCAUUGCUCGACGCCGAACACCCCGACCAUGGCACCAUUGACAGACGAAUCGAAGGAGAAGAGGAAGAUGGCGAUGCCCAAGUUAUCGACGAGCCCACGUCCACAAAAGUCAUAGUCAUCAUGCUAUGUUUGUGGACCGGUUCCUUCUGGGCUGCCAUGGAUUCCACAGUCGUAGCCACCCUCGCAUCCCCCAUAAGUCGGAACUUCCACUCUUCGACUCUGCUUUCUUGGAUCGCAACAGGCUAUCUAAUCGCCAACGCCGCCAUCCAGCCUCUUUCGGGCAAAAUGUCAGACAUCUAUGGCAGAAAAGCAGGAAUUGUGUUUGCGAGCACCUUUUUCGCCAUUGGGACUUUGAUCUGUGGUCUGGCUACCAACGCACCCAUGAUGAUUGCUGGAAGAGUGGUCGCUGGCACUGGAGGCGGUUGCCUUAACACUAUCUCCACCUUUAUUGCUAGUGAUUUGAUUCCACUCAGGAAAAGAGGGUUGUGGCAGGGAUUUGCAAAUCUAAUAUAUGGCACCGGCAUGGGUCUGGGAGGUAUUUUUGGAGGUUUGAUGAAUGAUAAACUGGAUUGGAGGUGGGCUUUCUACGUGCAGGUACCUUUUAUCGUUAUUGCUGGCUUGCUGGGCUGGUUCUUUGUGGAUAUCCCUGUCAAGGAGGGAAAUGCUACCGAACGCAUCAAGCGCGUCGACUUUCUGGGUGCCAUUACUCUGUGCACAGCUCUGGUUUUACUGCUACUCGGUCUCAACAGCGGCGGCAACAUCGUCCCAUGGAAUCACCCUCUGGUCUACAUCAGUCUCCCUCUCUCUGGACUUGCUCUGGCUGCUUUCGUCUACAUUGAAGACAGAGUUGCCAAAGAACCCGUCAUCCCUAUCCGACUUUUGCUUCAUCGCACUGUGGCUUCCGCAUGCCUGACGAACUGGUUCUUGACCAUGGCCGUCUACGCACUCUUCUACUACGUACCCAUCUACUUUCAAAUCGUCCAAGGACUUUCCGCAACAGCAGCCGGAACACGCUUGGUUCCCCAAUCCAUUGGUACUGCAUUCGGUUCCCUCGGUGCUGGCGUCAUUAUGCGCGCAACUGGAAAGUACUACUGGCUGAGCACUUUUGCAUUGACCGUCUAUAUCGCUGCUGCUGUGUUGAUUGCAACAACCUUUAACGCAGGCGUUAAUGGGGUGUUGCCAUUUGUAUGGCUCUUCAUCUCGGGCACUGCAUACGGCGCUAUGCUGACAGUGACACUGCUCGCCCUCCUCUCUGCCGUGGGCCAUGAACAUCAAGCCGUCAUCACAUCCGCCUCGUACGCUUUCCGCUCUACUGGCAGCACCAUCGGCAUCACCAUUGCCUCUGCAGUCUUCCAGAAUAAACUUUCCUCUGGCCUGCAUGCUCGCUUUGGCCACUUGCCUGAUGCCGAGGGCGUUAUAGGCAGGAUCAGAGAUGAUGUGGGUGAUAUUUCGUUUCUGCCGCCCGGGUGGGAGAACGGUGUCAAGGAUACUUAUAUUGAGAGUUUGAGGGCUGUGUGGGUUGUUGUUGUUGUGCUUGCUGGGUUGGCGGGUUGUGUGGGACUGUUUAUGAAGGAGCAUACGUUGCAUAAUAAGUUGAGUAGGAAGUAA